AUGGACCAGACGUCGACCUCAACGACGUCGUCGCAUGAUUCUUCUCGCCAUCCACAGUCACUCGACGGCUCCGGCGGUAAAUCUACACCAAUAAGGACACCUUCGCGAUCCUCCUCCAGCAGCGACAGUGCAAGACACGUCGCCGAGCUUGAUGACGUCUCCAAACUACAGAAACCACCCCAAGCGCAUCGAGGGGAACCGAUAAGGACGCCCGGUUCCCAGGAUAUUGCCGAUCGAAGAGACGAAUCAGACGACGGCUAUAACAGCGACAACGCCGAAGACGACGCCCUCGUCCUAGAGCAGGAUCCCGCCGAGAUGUCGAGCUGGUCGGGGCAGCCCUCCAUCAGGGGGAGCUCCGAAGCCAUGCGCAUGAUCCUCUUGACCUUUAACACCCUUGGUAUCACCUUUACAUGGGGAAUUGAGAUGACAUAUUGCACACCAUACCUCCUAAAUCUUGGCCUGACGAAGAGCAACACAUCGCUGGUGUGGGUCGCAGGACCGCUGUCUGGCCUGAUUGUCCAACCCAUCGUCGGAGCCAUUGCGGAUGAGUCCAAGUCGAAAUGGGGCAGACGGCGGCCCUUCAUAGUGAUGGGAUCGGUCAUUGUGGCUUUUGCCCUGCUUACACUAGGCUUCACGAAGGAGAUCGUAGGACUAUUCAUAUCAGAUAAGGAGACUGCUCGCAUUUUCACCAUUAUUCUCGCCGUGAUGGCUAUUUAUGUGGUGGACUUUGCCAUCAACGCCGGUAGGCAGAGCUUGCAUCUGAGACGUACGAAUGUACCCGCUAACUGUCUUGUCAUAGUCAUGUCUUGCGCAAGAAGCUUGAUUGUAGACACCCUGCCAAUUGAAAAGCAGCAAACGGGCGCCGCUUGGUCUAGCAGAAUGUCUGCGGUCGGACACAUGUUGGGCUACAUAUCUGGAGCUGUGGAUCUGGUCGGCAUCUUUGGGUCAUGGCUGGGUGAUUCGCAGUUCCAGAUACUCACGGUGAUAGCUACCUUCUUGAUGAUCUUCUCCUCGGCAGUUACAUGCUGGGCUGUGACGGAACGGGUGCUGGUCUCCACAAGACAAGACCCGCGACAGGCGACCGGGAGGUUCAAGGUAUUCCGCCAGAUCUGGUCGACACUGCUACACCUGCCGCCGAGAAUUCAGGCCAUAUGCUGGGUUCAGUUCUGGUCCUGGAUCGGUUGGUUUCCGUUCCUGUUCUACAGCACCACAUGGGUCGGCGAGACCUACUUCCGCUACGACGCCCCCGCAGAUGGCAACGACUCCAAGGACGCGUUGGGAGACAUCGGUAGAAUCGGCAGCAUGGCUCUGGUCAUUUACUCCACCAUCACAUUCCUGGGCGCAUGGUUGCUUCCGUUUAUCGUUAAGUCGCCAGAUGACGAGGGCUUCACCGCCCGGCCACCACAGAGCAUCGCGCCGUUCCUGGAGAAGUUCUCCAAAAAGAAGCCCGAUCUCAUGACGGCUUGGAUCUGUGGUCACCUCAUGUUCGCUGCAGCCAUGUUCAUGGCGCCCUUCGCCACCAGCUUCCGCUUUGCGACGUUCCUCGUCGCCUUCUGCGGUUUCUCCUGGACGAUCGCCAUGUGGGCCCCGUCAGCCUUCCUAGGUGUCGAGGUCAACAAGCUCAGCGGUGCUCGCGAAGGAGGCGGCGCAGCGUACCGCCGGCUUUCGGACGCCUCGAACAUUGAGCUCCCCACCCUCGGCCAGGACCAACCCUUACACCUCGAACACGGCCCAGAAGACAACUCUCAUUCAUCGUCCACUGGCGAGUUGUCGGGCAUUUACUUUGGUAUUCUAAACAUUUAUACGACCCUGCCGCAAUUCAUCGGCACCUUCAUCAGCACCAUUGUCUUUUCCAUUCUAGAGCCCGGCAAGAGCCCCGAAUUGUCGGACGCGCCCGAGAGCGAGCACCACAACACGGACGGCCCCAACGCCAUUGCUGUAUGCCUCUUUAUCGGAGCCAUAUGUGCCGUGGUUGCCGCCUUUGCAACACGCAAGUUGAAAUAUCUUUAA